AUGGCGACCAAGAAAGGAUCCAUCGGCCACUGCAUGGUCCCCGCACCUCUCAGCGCUGGCUGCGCCUCCAGAAAAGCCUCGCCCAGCAACUCGAGGAAGGGCCUAGGCAAGGCCAAGCAAUCCACCUCCAGCGCAGCUGCGGGCCUCGCCACCAGGUGCGGGCAGUGCACGGACAGGGCCUGGCCGAAGGAAGACAGCGAUCCCCCGAAGUCGGCCACAUCGAAGGACACUGCAGAGGCCUCUGGGAGAGCGGCGAUCGCCUUCACCGACUCGAGCUGCCAGAUCGACGCCACACGAUGUGCUACGCAAGUCUCGCAGCAGAGACGACUCGGGCCCGACCAGCUUCCGCCUCGACUCCAGUGGCCAGAGGAGGGCAUCUCGGUGGGCAGCAGCCGUGCAAGCAGCUCUGGCUUCGGCUCGGACGCGGCCUGCAAGAAGGCUGGCGGGGGCGCCGGCGGCCGGGGGAGCCCGCGGGGCGGCCGGCCAGACGGCAGGUGCGCCUCGAGCGGCAGGCAGCGCCCCGCGCGGCUGCCGCCGCAGCCCCACGAGGCGCGCAGGCUGGCGCCGCCCGACUCGCGCAGGCUGGCACCGCCGCGGCCGCCGCCGGCGCACGAGGAGCGCCACGCGAGGACGCCGGAGGGGCGGCGGUCGCUGGCGGCGUGCGCUCGCAGCCCCGGCGGCGCGCGCGCGGCCCCCGCGGCUGCUGGCGCCGCCAGCAUCUCGGCCCGCGGCGACUGGUACAUCGACUUCCUGCAGAUCGAGCAGGCGGACGGCGCGGUCGACUCCUACGGGAAGGGCCACGGCGGAGAGGUGCUGCCAGUGUGGAGGCAGAACGACACGGGCAACUUUCGCCUGGCAGUCGAGCCCGGAAGAGGCGACGCCGAGAGCUGGAGGCGCAGCUCGGAGCAGGCCUCGGCGCGCCGGGCCGGGGCCUGA